AUGGCGCCGUCCGUGUUGCUGCGUCCGUUCUCCCGCCUGAUGCCCCCGGCCCGGUUCCCCAGCAGCUUUUCAGUGAGGUCAAAGUUCUACGUUCGGGAGCCGCCGAGUAGCAAACCUGAUUGGCUGAAAGUUGGAUUGACCUUGGGCACCACAGUCUUCCUGUGGGUCUAUCUCAUCAGACAACAUAAUGAAGAUGUUUUAGAAUAUAAAAGAAGAAAUGGGUUGGAAUAA